UUGUCGUUUCUCGGUUAGAAACUCAAUGUCGUCUAUGAUCUGUCACCAAACGAAAACAGUUUUGUUGGAAUAACGAAAACAUAAAUAAUAAUAAUUUACUUUUAUUUUGUUUUGUUUAAAUAAUUUACAAAUCCUUUAAAAUUUAAACAUGACUGAUGAAAAUAUAACAGUGAGUGACAAUUCAGAUUUGGAGGACAUUAGCCCACCCGAGCUUCGUGGUUAUUUGAGUAAAUGGACGAAUUAUAUACAUGGUUGGCAAGAUAGAUUUAUCGUGUUAAAAGAUUCAACACUGUCGUAUUAUAAAAGCGAAUUAGAGAGUAAUUUGGGAUGCCGCGGUGCACUUUGUUUGAAAAAAGCUAAAGUCAAGCCACAUGAAUUUGAUGACUGCAGAUUUGAUGUAUCAGUCAGUGACUGUGUUUGGUACUUAAGGGCUUCUAAUCCUGAGGAAAAACAACAGUGGAUUGAUGUUUUGGAGUCUUUUAAAGUGGAGUCAGGGUACGGUACAAGCUCAGACAGCAGUUCCAAUGGAGGUGGUCUCAGAAGACAUGGAUCUAUCACGUCUCUUCAGUCAACAGGAUCACACGGACGCAUAUCCCGUCGCUUGGCCGAAAAGAUUGCUGAGUUGGAGACUUUCAAUGAUUUGCUAUCAAAGCAGGCGAUACAACUGCAGCAAUACUUUGACAUGUGCGUCAAUACUUACCCGCAUAUAAAUGAUGAAUCUGACGCUAUUGAUGCUGUGAAAUUGGCUGACAGCGCGGACCACAAGAAGCGUCUUAGCGACGUGCGUGCAACGAGCGCGUCGUUCCGCGCCACGUGCGGCGCGACCGUAGCGACCGUGCAGCACUGCGUCGAGCUGCUGCGGCGCCGCGACCGCCAGGCGUGCAAGGCGGAGGAGCUGUACAUGGCAUUGAAGAAUCAGUUGACAGAAGUUCGAUUGGCUUCGAAACCGGGUCCGGAUCACGAGGAGGGCCCGCACUCCACCCUCCCGGACGACGAGUUCUACGAUGCGGUGGAGACCGGCUUCGACAAAAUGGAGGAGGAGCGGUGCGCGCGCGUGUCGUCGCCGGCCGAGCUCACGCGCGACGAGGUGGAGCUGCCCCCGCCGGCCAUCGACAACCGGCUCACCGUGCACCCGCUGUGGCCCGAGAUCGACAGGAUAUCAACUGAACAGAUCCAGGCCGCGUUUGAAGGCGUCGGUGGUGAGAUCGGAUGGCAGUUGUUCGCUGAAGAAGGCGAUAUGAGGAUGUACCGUCGUGAAAUGGAGGUAGACGGCAUGGUGAUGGACCCGCUGAAGGCGAUGCACAAGGUGCGGGGCGUGUCCGCGCGCGAGAUGUGCCACUACUUCUUCAACCCUAGAUACCGAUAUGAGUGGGAGACGACGCUCGAGACGAUGAACAUAGUGGAGGCGGUGUCGUCGGACACGCUGGUGUUCCACCAGACGUUCAAGCGCAUCUGGCCGGCGUCGCAGCGGGACGCGCUGUUCUGGUCGCACGUGCGCGCCGCGCCGCGCAACACGUACGCGGUCACCAACCACUCCACCGCGCACCGCGACUAUCCGGUGCGAGCAGCUCUACACGCUACACUCUACACUCUACACACGACGCUGUACACGUCGCAGCGGGACGCGCUGUUCUGGUCGCACGUGCGCGCCGCGCCGCGCAACACGUACGCGGUCACCAACCACUCCACCGCGCACCGCGACUAUCCGGUGCGAGCAGCUCUACACGCUACACUCUACACUCUACACACGACGCUGUACACGUCGCAGCGGGACGCGCUGUUCUGGUCGCACGUGCGCGCCGCGCCGCGCAACACGUACGCGGUCACCAACCACUCCACCGCGCACCGCGACUAUCCGGUGCGAGCAGCUCUACACGCUACACUCUACACUCUACACACGACGCUGUACACGUCGCAGCGGGACGCGCUGUUCUGGUCGCACGUGCGCGCCGCGCCGCGCAACACGUACGCGGUCACCAACCACUCCACCGCGCACCGCGACUAUCCGGCUAACACAGGCGCGUGUAUCCGUCUGUUCGUGACGGUGUGUCUCGCGUGCCGCUCCACGUUCCCGGAGAACGAGCCGCCCACACGGGACAAUAUCACCACGAGCAUCGCUUAUUGUAGUACAGUGAACCCCGGCGGUUGGGCGCCAGCCGGAGUACUCAGAGCGGUGUACAAACGUGAAUAUCCCAAAUUCCUCAAACGUUUCACCAACUACGUAGUCGAGCAGUGCCGGGACAAACCGCUAGCUAUCUAGCCUACUAAUUAAUACCUAGAUAUGGUGAAAACCGAAGGAAACAUUCGUGUGCAAGGAAAUCAUCAAUUUUGAAGUUAUUUGAGAUAUUUUUUUCAAAAUAAUUCAAGAUUUUUGAUGUUAUGGGUCACAAACAUACGAAUAUAGUAUGGCAAAAACAUCAAUGCCGUUUGAAAAUUGUAAUCGUAAUGACAACUUCCAGUGUGUAUUCUUUGUGAGCGAGAUACGAUAGGUACAAAUACAUAUUAUAUAACUGUUGUAUGCAUUGUUUUUAAUAUUCCAUCAAAUAUAUAGAUAAAUGAAAUUAAAUUAAAAAUGUUAUUCGACACAAAGGUAGGUGUAAUUUUUGGUUUCCAAUUGAAUUUGUUUGAUGGAAUAUUAAACGCAAUUUAUUCCUGUAUAUUUUUAAAAUACAUUUUACAAACUUAGUAAAUCUGUAUAUAAUAUAAAAAUGUUCUUAUGGAUCUGUAAAAUUGUCUUGUAAAGUAAAUAAAUAGUACCCAUGCGUCUGUAAGUAUAAAAUAUAUAAUAUAUAUGAUAUACAUAGGGUCUUGUUAUGUCUAUGUACAGAUUUCUCUAUAUCCAUAAUAUAUUACAUUGUAUAAACCAAUUGUAUGUAGUUAAUAAAUUAUUAUAUUGUAGUUUGUUGUCAUAU